AAAGAAGCCCUUGUUCCUAGAUAGCAAACAUCACAUUGGAGCCAAACUUCAUUUCAAGCUGAGUUCAUCAUCCUGUGGGGAGACUAGUGACUGCUUCUGUUUUGGUUUUUCCUUAGACAAGAGGAAAUGAGGAAAUGAGGUUGGGGUGGAGUAAGGGUAAAGCUUGGAGUGGCAAAAGAUGAGAGACACAUUAUUAAACAGGAGGAAGGAACUUGGGACUAUAUUCAUUCAAGUGUUCUCAUUAACUUCCCUGCCCUUUCUAUAGCCAUUUCAAUUCCUGGAGAGCAUUACACACAAGUGUCCCAUCCUUGGCCCCUAGCCACAGCAAUCUCACCACUCUUUCCCCUGGAACAGAGGCUGUAUACCUGGGCUCUCCAUGGAGGGAGAUGAUGCAGGGAGGGGAAUCCCACCUGCUCUGAGUCACCUGCUAGUGUAAAGGGCGGGCCUUGAGAUACACGAGCCUUAAAAAGAGCUCUAGUCAGAGAGACAAAGGGAGAAAAACAACGGGAAGCAGCUCAGAAAUCCUGAACAACGGAGAGAAUCCAAAGCAGAGACAGAACAGAGAAGCAGGCUCAGAGCAAGUGGAAGUGGGUAAAGAUUCCACAAGGGUCGGUGCAGGUCACAGAACCAGCCAGAUUUGAGAAGCAGGCAACAUGGUGCUUGAGAACCUAGCUGUGGUGCUGCUGUUGCUGCUGCCCUGGACUGCUCAAGGCCGGGCUGUGUCCGGGGGCAGUGACCCUGCCUGGGACCAGUGUCAGCAGCUUUCACAGAAGCUCUGCACACUGGCCUGGAAUGCACACCCAUUAGUGGAACACAUGGAUUUUCUAAGAGAAGAGGAAGAUGAAGAGACUACAGAUAACGUCCCCCAUAUCCAGUGUCGGGAUGGCUGUGAUCCUCAAGAACUCAGGGACAACAGCCAGUUCUGCUUGCAAAGGAUCCACCAGGGUCUGGUUUUUUACGAGAAGCUCCUGGGCUCAGAUCUUUUCACAGGGGAGCCUUUUCUACGGCCCGAUGGUCCUGUGAGCCAGCUUCAUGCCUCCCUGUUGGGCCUCAGUCAACUCCUGCAGCCUGAGGGUCACCACUGGGAAAUUCAGCAGAUUCCUGUCCCCAGUUCCAGCCAGCCGUGGCAGCGCCCUCUUCUCCGCUUCAAGGUCCUUCGCAGCCUCCAGGCCUUCGUGGCCAUAGCUGCUCGUGUCUUUUCCCAUGGGGCAGCAACACGGAGCCCACAAAGCCAACAGCUUUAAGGAUGACACCCAGACCUCCAAAGCUCAACAACAAGAUGAAUCUAUCAGUUCAGACACAUUGGAGUCAAGUUAAUUUGUACACUCAUGCUAAUAGGAUGUGCAUGUUGAGAAAAGUUGCUGAGCUGUAAAAAAGUUGCAUAUUUAUUAGGUAUUUUGGUAUUAUUUAUCUUUGUAGUUUAUGGUGGAUUAUUUAUUUUAUUUAUAAGGAAUUAUAACUUUUUUUCAAUAAAGAUGUAUUUAUAUGCUUCUGAGUCUAACUUCAUGGUUUGGGAAAGAAAAACAGAUGGUAAACUGGACACUAGUGGCUCAUACCUAUAAUCCAAGCUACUUAGUAGGCUGAGAUCUGAGGA